CAUCGGCUGCCAGCCGUCUAAACAGCUCCAGCUGCAAUCGCUGCCGCUGUUACGAGCUGCCGGCUAUCCGAUCACAUAGAUCACCCCCCCCCAUCCAGCACAAGCUCUGCCUCCACCGGUCUGCAAGCUCACGGACCUCCGCCGACACAUCCAUAAUGACGGGCGUCGCGGCUGCCUCAUUCUUCUCCAACGUUUGCCGGUUCGGCGGCUGCGGGUUGCACUUCGAGUCCCUGGGCGAGCUCAUCGUUCACAUCGAGGAUAACCACAUCGACACAGACCCCAGAGUUCUGGAGAGGCAGGAGUUGCAGCAGCCCACAUAUGUUGCUUUGAGCUAUAUUAACAGAUUCAUGACUGAAGCAGCACGUAGAGAGCAAGAAACUCUGAAGAAGAAGGUCCAACCCAAAAUCGCUAUAUCAGUCACCGGAGGCAUAUCACGGAGCAAUACGGCAACUCCUCCUCGCCACAGCAAUGGCAGCUUAACCCCACCCGUGACCCCGCCCAUCACUCCCUCAUCCUCUUUUCGCAGCAGCACACCAACAGGCAGUGAGUGCGAUGAAGAGGAGGUGGAGUAUGAAGACUCAGACAGCGAUGAAUCCUGGACCACAGAAAGCGCAAUCAGUUCAGAAUCCAUUCUCAGCUCCAUGUGCAUGAACGGAGGGGAUGAAAAACCUUUUGCCUGCCCUGUUCCAGGAUGCAAAAAGAGAUACAAGAAUGUGAACGGUAUAAAGUACCAUGCCAAAAACGGGCACAGGACGCAGAUCCGCGUGAGGAAGCCCUUUAAGUGUCGCUGUGGGAAAAGUUAUAAAACCUCACAAGGUCUUAGACAUCACACUAUCAACUUUCACCCGCCCCUGUGAUACACACACGCUGACAUUUCUGCCUAAACACAAAUCAUGCGUAGACUGGGAUCAAACGCUGAUUUUUUCACAUUUCCUUCUACUUUGUGUGUGUGACUUAUAUAUGCAUGUAGAUAUUUUGUACAUUUGCACAUUCCAUUCAUUAUUUCUUCAGAUUUCCUUUAUUUGUUUCUUUUAUUUAAGUGACUGGUAAAUCGAAGGACUCUUGCUGAAAAUUGUUCAAUCAGUGCAAAAAGAGCAGAGAGAUUCUAGAUAAGCUUUAUUUUGUCAGUUUAACAUACUUAUGAAACACAUGUGUACAUAUAAAGUUAUAUAAAUACACAUUUAUAUAUAUAUAUACAUAUAUAAAUAUUAGUAGCUAAGUUGUAUUAUCCAAACAUUUAAUUUUACAUUCUAUAUUUUUAAGAACAUUUAUAUUGUUUUUAUACAAGAACUUUAUCUCAUCUUUAUGGACCUUUUUUAAAUGACAUUUCAUAUUUUCAUUUGCUUCCUAAAGAAGCAGUCUUUUAUUGCCCAAUUGGAAGUACAUUGAUCUCAGGUCACAUCAGCUGCCAACUUUCAAAACAAGGAAAACAUGGAAGUACCACUCACUUCGUUCCAGAACAUUCCACAAAAGAAAAAGAAAAAACGACCGACAUCACGCAGUAAAGUGUUUUUUUUUCACUGAUUCCGUUCGUAUGCAGUCGCCGUGCAUGCAGCACCUAAUAUGAAAUCAUGGAGAUUGCAUUCAAUAUCAGAUAGAAACAUGCAUUGAGUUGCAUUUGACCUCCGAGCAAUAUUUCAUAGUAUGAUGACCCAUGCAUUCAAAAUGCAUUUUGUACAAAGAAGGGCAGAUUUAUUCUCCUAUUGUUAUGCCAGCAGUGCAGAUGUGCCAAGAUGUUUCCACUUUAGUUUAAAAUGAAACAUGGUUGAUCUGCCAAAUCUAAACAUCUGGCUAUCCGUUCGGUGCCUGUUAGCGGAAAAACCUUAACUUCCGUUUAUAUAUUCAGCCUUGCAGUAUUGUUUCCGUCAGUUUUAGCUUGCAAGAUUUCGUCAGCCUUGUUGAUUGUUUAUUUACACAUUUGGUCCUCGAUUUUAACGUCCGUGGUUGUAUUUGUAUAAGUAAAGAAAGUAUUUGUUGCCCUAUGCUUGCCUUGUAACGUAGACUACGGCUUUUUAGCAUGACACGAACGUUUAGCUGCUUUGCUGUCUCUUGGCUUAUAGUCUUACUGUUACAAUCUCUGUUUUCAGAAGUAUUAUAGCAUUACUUUAUAUCGUUAGUAUUACGGUUUAAUAGUGCCAGAUGCAUAGCUAUGCAUGAAUAUAUUUUCUCAACUUUAAUUCUGCAUCGGUCCUAUUCGUUAGCCAAAAAAGCAUACCAGUUUACAAAAGAAAAAGGCCUCUGGGCUGUUUGUCAGCCUAUCUUAGCAACUGCGAAGAGUUUGAACUCUUGGUGGUGUGCAGAAGGACCAAGUAAGGACCUGUCGACUAACCUUAUUUCUUUUGGUUCGCUGUAGUAAUGUUGGUCAAAUUUAACAACGUGGACCAAAAAUGGCACUGCCAAAUUUCAAGGUGUGAUGCUUGGAAUGUAAAAUAUGGUGUUAUCGUCCCUUACAAAAAAAAUUCCUUGGCAUUGCAUGGUAAUACAAUUAAAAGAUACCAUGAUUAAUGUAGUCAUAUACCAUGGUGCUUAUCUUGUACUUCAAAGAUACUUAAAGGAAUGCAAUGGUAUUACCAGUAAAAAAAGCCAUGGGAUUACCAUGUGGAGAAAAUACCAUGGUACUUUUAUGUAAGUGGUGCUAAGAUUGAAAAGUCUAGAAAUGAAUAAGACUUCAACAUGGCUCCAUGUUAUCUUUGAGAAAAGUGGUGCCUGCAGUUAAACACUAAUAUCUAGAUCAGUCAUACGUACUGAGAUAAUGGAAAAUAUUUUCCACCUGACAGCAUUUGGAAAGAAGAGGCUUGAAGUUGAAUGAGUAGUUACUUAGAUGCCAAAAACUUGAGCUGAAAACAGAACUGUGUCCGUGAGUGACUCAUCUUAUUUUUCAAGUCACCCUGUGUCAUGUUUGUUUGUACGCGUGUAUUUUUACAGGCUGUAGCGGUUACCGCAUUUGUACCUCUUUUUGGCUACGAUGUCAUAUUGGUCUCGAAUUUGACACAGAAAACAGAACCUGCUAGAACAACAAUCUAGUUAAAAUCGACUGAAAUGCGUUUAUUUUGGAGGGAGUUUGAUAUACUAUAUAUAGUGAAUGUAUCGUAUUGCAAGUCUUUUGUAAAGUGCUUUGAAAUUAUAUUUUCGUACUGUAUGUUUUUGUGGAAAAUGUUUUGUGGAACAGAGGCUAUUUGUACGUGAGAUGAUGUGUAACGUGUGCGUGUUUGUGCGAGCGAAUGAGAGACAUCUUUGAGACGUCUCAAGCUGCAAUGUAAACCUUAGGACAUUGAUAA